GUUAUCUAUAUCCUCUGGCCUGAUUUGGACAUUUAUUGGUCCCUCUCUUACUAUUGUGUUGAUAAACGGCAUUAUAUCUGUACUGGUUUUACGAGCCAUGAUGACAAGUCACAAAAUGAUGGCUGCGGCAGACAAAGAAAAGAUCAAGCGUGGUAUAAAGUGUUCCAUCGUACUCAUUCCUCUACUUGGAAUCACAUGGGUGUUUGGUGUCCUGGCCUUUGAUCAAGCUACAGUGGUCUUUCUUUAUUUGUUUGCAAUCUUAAACUCGCUUCAGGGCUUCUUUAUAUUUGUUUUCCACUGUAUAUUUGAUCAACAGGUUCGGUCAGCGAUUAUUAUGUGGAAAAGAAAACGUCAACGAACAAGCUAUGCAUCAGGGAAGGAAACAACUCAACAAAAGGUAUUCACAUUAGAUAACGCUUUACCAGGUGAUUCAGUGAUGUGGAAAGUCUGUGACCGAUAAACUUUUGGUAAACGAAGUUAGCUUGAUAUUGAAUUAAUUGCAGGUUACUGUUUUCAGGUCGAGUAUCGCAUGUUUCGACAACAGUUGACAUAAAUUUAGAAAAUACUCUUCAAGAAAGCUCGGUAGAAACCGGAACCAGCACGAGCUGUUGACGUACUGAUCACUGA